AUGGCAAAAGCUGGUGAAGAUGUAGUCCAGUCAGUAGAUGAGGCCGACAAGGAUCCAUCUCCAAAUAGUCGGACAGAUUUGACGUCAAUGUCUAGUUCUGAGACAGCAGGAUUUGAAGGGAGAAGUACAGAUAUGGGGUCAACUGAGGCUCAACCAAUACAAACAGAAGAAGACCACCUUUUACAAGCAGCCUUUAAUCUCCUCUAUACUGUACCAAGGGCUAUUGAAAACUUCAUCGACAGAGAAUAUAAAGGUGGUUUUAUCAAAGCUAUCCGUGAUCAUAGAGAUAAAUUAAAGGCCAAACUGAGAACAGAAGAAUGGGAUUUACUCUCCAAACUAAUAGUUCACCACAGAUUGUACCAUUUCUAUGAUCAGAUAAUACAAGACACCAUUCUAGAUAAUGAGGUCCUUGAUCUACUGAUUUCUAGAUGUAUCCUAAAGAAAGAAGACAGAGCAGAAAUAGAACACCAUCCUAGACAAUCUGACCGCAACAAAUGUAUCUUAGACUUUCUUAUUCAAAGACCACAAGAUUGCUUCGGUAUAUUAUUAGCCGUUCUCAAGGAGUCUUCUACUUGUUCUAAAGACCUGAUAGAUGGUAUGGAAGGUCAACAACUGUCCCAUCAUAAAGUUGUUUCUCAGUCAAAAGUUAAAUCAUGCAUGACAGGGUUCCAUGCAGUCAGGUUACAAAAGAACUAUCACAAUCUGGUUCAGAAUUUGUCUAACACAGAAGGUAUCAUUGAUUCAUUAAUAUCAAAGGGAGUUUUGGAUCCUGACGAUCGUGCAGAAAUAAAUGCCAGUGGAGUACAAGCAAAAAUAAAUAGAAAACUAAUAGAUCAUUUCAGAAGUAAAGAAGAUUAUAAGUUUUUUCUUGAGGCACUCAACGAAGACCCCAUGAAUGCAAAGCUGGUGUCUGACUUAGAAUCAUGUGAUGUUACACAAGAUGACUUACAGUUACUUCAAGCAGGAGCCACGGUACCACAGCUAACAAACAGACCAGGAUUCCAGACACUAGUUACAGUAGUGUCUUUGGUUACAGAUGUACAUGUGUCAGAUACAGAACCAGAGAUCAACGAUACCAAUUUACCAGCAGAUCUCUAUAGACUACAGUCUUGGUAUAAUAAGAUCCUUAAAAUGACAUCGAUGGACUCACAUCAGUAUCAACAAUUUGUUAAAACAGUAAAUGAAGUAUUUGGACGCAUCAGUGAACAGAAUGAUCCCGUUGUUAAAGAAACUACACUAAACACUGCGAUGCAAAAACAGAUCCAAAAGAUGAUUGAUGGUUUUAAAGAAAAAGAAGAAAAUUCAGAACUUAAAGAAAAAUGGAAGAAAAUGGAAACUGAGCUUGGUGAAAUAAUUCCAAAGAAUAUCAGAGAGCUAAUAAAAAAACAAAUAAAAGACUGGGAAGAGAACGAUAAGAUGUUCGUGUCUACAAGAGCUAGUGAUUAUGUCAUUGAACGUUUAAAGGACAGCAGUUGCCUGACUCUAACCGCCCCUUCAGGAGUAGGAAAAUCAUUUAUUGCAAGACAUGUAACACUUCUUUUACAGAACGAAGGAUAUAAUAUAAUACCAGUGUACUCACCAACAGACAUUAGAACUUAUUAUCAACCUAGUAAACAAACAGUCUUUAUUAUAGAUGAUAUUUGUGGAAAUUUCACUGCAAAUCAACAACAGAUUGAUAAUUGGAAACAAUUGUUACCUGUGAUUAAAACUAUUAUUACGGACAAAUGUUGUAAGAUUAUUGUAUCUUGCAGGUUACAAGUUUAUAAAGAUGAUAAGUUUAAUGUAUUAUCACCUUUUAAAUCCUGUGAAUGUAAUUUAAUAUCAGAUAAAUUAUGUCUUACGUCUGUUGAGAAAACAAACAUAGCAAAAAGCUAUAUUGGUACAAGGAUGACAGAUAUUGAUGAUUUAUCUUCUAAAUGUGAUUUUUUCCCACUCUUAUGUUCCUUAUAUCACCAAAAAGAAGAUGUAGACGUCAAAGAGUAUUUCAAAAAUCCUUUUGGUGUCUAUAAACGUGAGCUAGACAGGUUAAGUGAGCAUGGUGAUGAAGGCAACUAUAAAAUAUGUAGUCUUGCUUUAUGUGUUAUUUUUAAUAAUCAGCUAAAUGAGAAAUUGUUACAGGGUAAAAUGACAGAUGAACAACGACAGAUUAUAAAAGACGCAUGUGAGGCUUGUGAGGUCAACAUAAUACCAAAGGCAAAACUUAAGAAAGCACUUGACACCCUAGAUGGUACAUUUAUAUGUAAACAAAAUGGCAUUUAUAGAACUCUACAUGAUAAACUAUUUGACUUUCUUGCUCAUUACUUUGGUCAGAAAAUGAUCGAAUGUUUGAUAGAUCACGGUGAUAGUGGUUUAGUACAUGAACGUUUUAUCUGGCAGAAAUCAUCAGAUGACAAGAAAAGUAACAUAGACUUCAUUAUAGAAAUACCAGAUGAUUAUUUAAACGCAUAUUUAGAAAGGUUAAUAAAGGACUGGUCAGCAGGAAAGGUGAGAAUUAUAUUCAUAAACAACAAUUUGACUGUAGCACCAUUUAGAAAACAGUUAUUACAGCACUUAAAACAACUAGACAAACCACAACAAGUAACAUUAGCCAACACAAAGGAUACAGUGUUACCAAAAGAGCAUCAUGGAUCAGGUUCUACUCCACUUAUACUUACUUGUUAUGAUGGUUAUACUGAUAUGGUACAGUGGUUGUUACAUAAUGAUGUGGAUGUGGAUCAGUGUAGAGAUGAUGGGGUUUCUGGACUGUACAUGGCAAGUCAGCAAGGACAUACUGUGAUAGUAAAGUUACUGUUAGAGAAAAAUCCUAAUGUUGAUCUAUGUAACAAGGAUGGUUGUAGUCCUCUGUACGUGGCAAGUCAGGAAGGACAUACAAAUAUAGUCAAGCUACUGUUAGAGAAGAAUCCUAAUGUUGAUCUAUGUAACAAGGAUGGCUGGAGUCCUCUGAAUACAGCAAGUGAUGAAGGACAUACUGAUGUAGUAAAGUUACUGUUAGAGAAGAAUCCUAAUGUUGAUCUAUGUAACAAGGAUGGCUGGAGUCCUCUGAAUACAGCAAGUGCAGCAGGAUAUACUGAUAUAGUAAAGUUACUGUUAGAGAAGAAUCCUAAUGUUGAUCUAUGUAACAAGGAUGGCUGUAGUCCUCUGAACUGGGCAAGUAAUAAUGGACAUACAGAUGUAGUUAAACUACUGUUAGAGAAGAAUCCUAAUGUUGAUCUACGUAACAAUGAAGGCUGGAGUCCUCUGAAUAUAGCUAGUCAUGAAGGACAUACAAAUAUAGUCAAGUUACUGUUAGAGAAGAAUCCUAAUGUUGAUCUAUGUAACAAGGAUGGCUGUAGUCCUCUGAACUGGGCAAGUUAUAAUGGACAUACUGAUAUAGUAAGGUUGCUGUUAGAGAAGAAUCCUAAUGUUGAUCUAUGUGACAAGGAUGGCUAUAGUCCUCUGUACGUGGCAAGUCAGCAAGGACAUACUGAUAUAGUAAAGUUACUGUUAGAGAAGAAUCCUAAUGUUGAUCUAUGUAACAAGGAUGGCUUGAGUCCUCUGAAUACAGCAAGUGAUGAAGGAAAUACUGAUGUAGUACAGCUACUGUUCGAGAAGAAUCCUUAUGUUGAUCUAUGUGACUAGGAUGGCUGUAGUCCUAUGAAAACAGCAAUUGAUAAAGGACAUACUAAUAUAGUUAAGUUAUUGUUAGAGAGAAAUCCUAAUGUUGAUCUAUGUGACAAUGAUGCCUGGAGUCCUCUGUUAUUCGCAAGUCAUCAAGGACAUACUGAUAUAGUUAAGUUGCUGUUAGAUAAGAAUUCUAAUGUUGAUAUAUGUGACAAAGAUGGCUGUAGUUCUCUGUAUAUAGCAAGUAAUAAAGGACAUACUGAUAUAGUAAAGUUACUGUUAGAGAAGGAUCCUAAUGUUGAUUUUUGUGGCAAUGAUGGCUGGAGUCCUCUGAAAACAGCAAGUAAAAAAGGAUUUACUGAAAUAGUAAAGUUACUGUUGUAGAAGGAUGCCAAUGUUGAUGUAUGUGACAAUGAUGGCUUUACACCACUGAUCACGGCAUGUAUCCGAAACUACAUCAAUAUAGUAGAGGUGUUAAUGAAACAUAAACCAAACGUUGACGCACACACAUAUAAUGGAAGUAGUGCUUUAAUUUUCAGUGCACUGAAUGGAAACCUAGAUAUAACAAAGUUACUGUUAGAGAACAAUGCUGACUGUAAUAUAUGUUGCUGUAGUAAACAGUGUAUAAUAGAUACAGUUAAAGACCACCCAACAAAAACAUUAGAAGAAGAAAAACAGGGUUGUUUUGAUUAUCUAAUGGAGAAUGCACCACCACAUGUAACAGAUUAUGUCAAUCAGAAGUCAGUAGAUUAUGUCUUUGAUAAAGGGGCUGGUUUUUCCCCAUUACACUGUGCGUGUUUUAUGGGUAGGAUAGAUACAGUCGAUUGUCUUCUGGACCACAA